GUAGAUUUCCUGAACCCAAUUCAUGUAAUCUGUAAAUUUCUUGAAAUGUUUGUUGAAGUGCAUUUAUAGAUCAGAUAUCUGUUCUUACCCUUCCUUCCAAUCCCAACCUCAACUCAUAAAAUCACAUCAAGACUACAUAAAUCAUUUGUCUUGUGAUAAUCGGCCCAAUUUCAAUCUUCAGUUCAGAUCUCCUGUUUUACUCUUUAGUAAGUAAUCUAUCUGAAAAAAUAAUUUCCAACUCGAACAUGUGAUGUGUUUUAUGUGUUUCGCAACUACAUAAAAGAGAAUUUGGAGUAAGAAAUCAUGGAGCUCGAGUAGUAACAUUUACCUAUCAAAGUUAAUUUUUUAGAAAAUUCGAGCUUUAAGAGGGAACUCUCCGAUUUGCACCAAUGCAAUCCCGACCCACAAAAUUCACCAUAAAAAUGGGCGGAAAAGUGCAUGAGAUCACGCCAUGCACCAAUCAAAACCGCCAAAAGACAAUAGAAAAUGACCAAAACGCCCUUGAAGGCCCAACCAUCCCAUCCAACAACGAUAGCAAAGGAACGGAUCACAUCCCAAACGUUUCUUCUUCCUCCGAAUAUUCCACCGAAGAUGACGAAAAUGCCCCUCCACCAUAUCCCGACUCCCAAAAACAAAUGGUUAUUUACAACCCUUCUUCAAAUCAUUCAAAUGCAAUCACAUCCAUCCAAAACAAGCCCCGAUCUUUUCCUAAAAAACAUUUAGAUCCCAAAAGAGUAGUGCCGGAAGUCGGUGCUUUCACUGUCCAAUGUGCUAAUUGCUUUAAAUGGAGAUUGAUCCCUGAUCAAGAGAAAUACGAGGUGAUCCGUGAACAUAUCACGGAUCACCCGUUUCUGUGUGCUACCACACGUCAGUGGGAUCGUCACAUUUCAUGUGACGAUCCCACUGACAUCGAGCAGGAUGGCUCACGAAUUUGGGCUAUUGAUAAGCCCAAUAUCGCAAAGCCUCCUCCAGGGUGGAAGAGGCUUUUGAGGCUUAGAAGCGAAGGGAGCUCGAAAUUUGCUGACGUAUAUUAUGCUUCACCAACGGGUACUAAACUUCGCUCGACACCUGAAGUUGAAAAAUAUUUGGCUAGCCAUCCAGAACAUGCAGAAGGAGUUGCAAUAAACCGAUUUUCAUUUCAAAUCCCAAAACCUUUACGCGAUGAUUAUGUGAAAAAACGUCCUUCUCAGAAUCCAGAACGAGUUCAACCGAUAGCAUGGGCGGGCCCGGUAGACAACUUGAAUUUGCAAAUAGCAGAACCGUUAGCGUGGGCGGGUCCCGCGGAGAACCGAAAUGGUAUGCCGGAAGCUAAGAAGAGAAAGUAUGAUUUUGAUUGUUUAUAGAAAGGGGGUUUUAAAAAAAAUGGUAUUUUGCAUUAUGGUCUUUUGUUGAUAUGUCUUAUUAGACUUUUUUUUUUAUUCACAUAGGGCCUCAGGAUGAGGCCCUACAGUUUGUUUGUUGAUGUCUUGUUGUAAAGAUGUGUAAAAGACUGGGUCUGAGGUUUAGACCCGAUCUUGAUUAGGUACUACAUCUGGUCCUUUGGACCAGACUUUUGAUAUGGUGGUAGGACUAAAAUGAGCUGGCAAUCUGGACUUAUAGCAUUAUAGGUUGGUUAGGUCGUUUCGGUUUAGAAGUUUUAUUGUUGUUGUUAUGGUUACUAUCAUUUAGUAUGAUAUAAAAAGUUGG